CUCACCCCGUAGCCAGCAGCUAGACAGCUGGGUUCAAUCAGAAACCACUUACAACUCCAGACGAUUCAAAGGGGGAAACUUCGGCGUGAAGUGCAGCCGGCCAGUCUGUGCUGCUUUCUCUCCUUCCCCGGAACCCACCGGGCGGAUCCUCACCGCCCGGUAUCCCUGGUGUCUCCGGGUGUCUGAUCCUGCGAUGGGGUGCACUACAGCCUGGUAAUGGGUAUGGGCAAGGGACCUUAAGAAAGGCGAGGCGGCAUCGGGGUGGUCCUAGUUCGGCUCGUGGCUGCAGCUGCAAGCACGCACGCCACCCUGCUGUCUGCAGCCAUGGCUGGGCGCUGAAACACACUCGCCGGCUGGGUGUCUCUUAGGAGAGCUGCAUCCUCGAUUUUGGCUUCCCAACUUUCCUGAGUGAAAAUGGCUGUCUAGGCUAAAAUAUACCUGAAGGGACUAAACAGUGGAUUUCCAGCCUGCUAAGCUCAACUCUUAAGCUCGGAGACCUGGAAGAGGAGGAGCCCAGCUCUGAAAAGUGCAGUCAUGAAUACUGGAGUUGCCAUGAAAUACGGAAACGACUCCUCGGCUGAACUGAGUGAGCUCCAUUUGGCAGCCCUGGCAUCACUAAAGGGAGAUAUAGUGGAGCUUAAUAAACGUCUGCAGCAAACAGAACGGGAACGGGACCUUCUGGAAAAGAAAUUGGCCAAGGCACAGUGUGAGCAAUCUCACCUCAUGAGAGAACAUGAGGAUGUCCAGGAGCGAACAACACUUCGGUAUGAGGAACGCAUCACAGAGCUCCACAGCAUUAUUGCUGAGCUCAACAAGAAGAUAGACCACUUGCAAGGCACAACCAUCAGAGAGGAAGAUGAGUACUCAGAGCUGCGAUCAGAACUCAGUCAAAGUCAACAUGAGAUUAAUGAUGAUUCCCGAAGCAUGGACCAAGAUCAGGCCUCUGUCUCCAUCCCUGAAAACCAGUCUACUAUGGUUACCGCUGAUAUGGAUAACUGCAGUGACCUGAACUCUGAACUGCAGAGGGUACUGACAGGGCUGGAGAAUGUCGUCUGCUGCAGAAAGAAGAGCAGCUGCAGCCUUUCAGUGGCCGAGGUGGACAGACACAUCGAGCAGCUCACCACUGCCAGUGAACACUGUGACUUGGCUAUUAAGACUGUUGAGGAGAUCGAGGGGGUCCUUGGCCGGGACCUUUACCCCAACCUGGCUGAAGAGCGCUCUCAUUGGGAGAAAGAGCUGGCAGGACUGAGGGAAGAGAAUGAGAGUCUGACAGCCAUGCUGUGCAGCAAAGAGGAGGAACUGAACAGGACCAAGGCCACCAUGAAUGCCAUCCGUGAGGAACGGGACCGGCUCAGAAGGAGGGUUCGGGAGCUUCAAACACGACUACAGAGUGUGCAGGCCACAGGACCCUCCAGCCCUGGACGCCUCACUUCCUCCAACCGCCCUGUCAACCCCAGCACAGGAGAGCUGAGCACAAGCAGCAGCAGCAAUGACAUUCCCAUCGCCAAGGUUGCUGAGAGGGUGAAAUUAUCAAAAACCAGGUCUGAAUCUUCAUCAUCUGAUAGACCUGUCUUGGGUUCAGAAAUCAGCAGCAUAGGGGUAUCCAGCAGUGUGGCAGAACACCUGGCCCAUUCUCUUCAGGACUGCUCCAACAUUCAAGAGAUCUUUCAGACACUCUACUCACAUGGAUCGGCUAUCUCGGAAAGCAAAAUUAGAGAGUUUGAGGUGGAAACAGAACGGUUAAAUAGCCGUAUUGAACAUCUCAAAUCCCAAAAUGACCUCCUGACCAUCACCCUGGAAGAAUGCAAAAGCAAUGCUGAGAGGAUGAGCAUGCUGGUGGGCAAAUACGAAUCCAAUGGCACAGCACUAAGGCUGGCCCUCCAGUACAGUGAGCAGUGCAUAGAAGCCUACGAGCUCCUUCUGGCACUGGCUGACAGUGAACAGAGCCUCAUUCUAGGACAGUUCCGGGCAGCUGGCGUGGGGUCCUCCCCAGGAGACCAGUCAGGAGAUGAAAACGUCACUCAGAUGCUCAAGCAAGCCCAUGACUGCCGGAAGAUGGCCGAGAAUGCAGCCAAGGCUCUCCUUAUGAAGCUAGAUGGCAGCUGUGGGGGGGCCUUCGCAGUGCCGGGGUGCAGCAUCCAACCCUGGGAGAGCCUGUCCUCCAACAGUCACACCAGCACCACAAGCUCCACAGCCAGUAGCUGUGACACUGAGUUCACCAAAGAAGAUGAGCAGAGGCUGAAGGACUAUAUCCAGCAGUUGAAGAAUGACAGGGCAGCUGUGAAGCUGACUAUGCUGGAGCUGGAGAGCAUCCACAUUGACCCACUCAGCUACGAUAUCAAGCCCCGAGGAGACAGCCAGCGGCUGGACCUGGAGAACGCUGUGCUGAUGCAGGAGCUCAUGGCCAUGAAGGAGGAGAUGGCUGAGCUGAAGGCCCAGCUCUACCUACUAGAGAAGGAGAAGAAGGCCCUGGAGCUGAAGUUGAGUACGCGGGAGGCACAGGAACAGGCCUAUUUGGUUCACAUUGAGCAUCUGAAGUCAGAAGUGGAGGAACAGAAGGAGCAGCGCAUGCGAUCCCUCAGCUCCACCAGCAGCAGCAGCAGAGACAAGUCUGGCAAGGAAUGUGCUGAUGCUGCCUCCCCAGCUUUGUCACUGGCUGAACUGAGGACAACAUGCAACGACAGUGAACUGGCUGCAGAGUUUGCUAAUGCUAUCCGUCGUGAGAAGAAGUUGAAGAUCAAAGUUCAAGAAUUGGUCAGUGCCUUGGAAAGACUCACCAAGAGCAGUGAAAUCCGACACCAGCAAUCAGCAGAAUUUGUUAAUGACCUAAAGCGAGCCAACAGCAACCUAGUGACUGCCUAUGAGAAAGCCAAGAAGAAGCAUCAAAACAAAUUGAAGAAGUUGGAGUCUCAGAUGAUGGCCAUGGUGGAGAGACAUGAGACACAAGUGAGGAUGCUCAAGCAAAGGAUAGCUCUGCUGGAAGAGGAGAACUCAAGGCCACACACUAAUGAGACUUCACUUUAACUGGUACUUGGCACCGAAGUUCUACCCAUGGAAGCUAAUCUACAACAGGUCACCAGGGAGAGGGUUUGGGGAUGCCUCCAUAGCUGUAGGGAGAUUAAGGAGGGAAGUUAGUGGGAAGGUCAGCCUUAUACAACAGAGUGCCAUGACUCAACCCCAGGGGCAAGUGGUCCUGGAGAUGCUGGGUAGACCAAGCUCCUGCUACAGAGCUGUGGCUGGCUGUACACCACGUUCAGCAGACCUUGCCUCUGCUUCUAGCUCUGGCUUUGUGCCUUGCCCUCCUUUUCUGUUCUGGACGUGGUGCUUCAGUGAUGUCUCAGGUGUUUUUUGUUUUGUUUUGCUUUACGGUGUUCCAGUCUCUUUUUUGUGUUCUCUUUUUGACCUUAUCUCUGCACCCUCAAGUUCUCCUCUUCUCUUCUUCAUGGGAAAACUGACACACACAGCCUGUGUCACCAGUAUGGAGAACUGCUGGCUUGCUUAUUGCAACAGACUUUGGUUUUCAAACACCAAGGCUAAAAUGUAGGCUAUCCAUAAGAAGAGUGGGGAGUUCUUAUAGAAGAAUGGUAUAUGGGUUACUUUUGGUCCCAGAUAUUGUACCUACAAGAACAACCCAGAACUGUGCCUGAACAGGUCUGUAGGAGGAAUAAAGUUUCAAUGCUCUUAUGGACCCACAUUUGCUCUGGGCUUAUCCCAUCCCAGUGGCCCUCAUUAGCAACUAGGUCUUAGCGCUGCGAAUCCUGUUGGUGGCAUGUGUAUUGGAACUAAGCUUCAAGAGCAAGCAGAUACUUAACCCAGAACAAUACACAACUGCUCUUCUGCAGAAAUCAAAGCAUUCACAUGAGGACAUAUGUAGCUCUGGACCUGCCUCUUUCUCUGAAAGCAAGAAGCUACACAGACGGGUAUUGAAUGGAUUUCAGUAUUUUCAGACCAAUCCUAUCUGAGAUUGUUACUAAACUAAUUCAAGAACUGAUUCUGACAUCAUAAAAGGCAGGGAGUGAGGCCUGGUUGAGACCCCCUUUCACUUCUCAGACAUGUUAAUUCACAUAUGGUGCCUAAACUGGUUAGAUUUUAAUCAGAAUGCUGAGAACAUUAGCCAGGCCAAUGUAUCUGAUUUUUUCCAAGAUCUUAAAAUUCAUUACUCCUUUUUUCUGUCACCUUCCCUGUUUUACUCCCUCACUUUCUUACAAGUCUUCUGUGGGUAACCUACACCAAUAUAUUUUAAAAGCUCACUUGACAUUCCCUAGCACCUACAGUUCCAUCCACAGAUGACCCAUCCUGCCUUCUGUGUUGUGUGACACACCCUAUCACCUGGGAGGGCAGAGCAGUUCUGUCCCCAAAGCCACUACUCUUCUUUCUCAGGACAGUAAUGAGACAAACCCACACCAAGAAAAAGAAGAAACAGCAUUAAAUACUUCAGUCACUAGAAAGUGACCACUGGCUCUCUUCUGUUUGAAUCUUAUCAUUUUAGUUCAAGCUUUAUUCUUGGGCUAGCUUCAUUUUGUCACAAGAAAAAUGUUUUGGCUGAGAUGUGCAAAAAAAAAAAAAAAAAAACUUGUGCCAAAAUCAUGGUUUUCACCACUUUCCAGGUUGCUUGGUUAGUGUUUUCCUGAGGAAGCUGGGCUAUAGGGAGGGAAUCCAGUCACUGCUCUCUUGUGACUAAAUACACAGGUUUUCACCACUUUCCAGGUUGCUUGGUUAGUGUUUUCCUGAGGAAGCUGGGCUAUAGGGAGGGAAUCCAGUCACUGCUCUCUUGUGACUAAAUACACAGGUUUUCACCACUUUCCAGGUUGCUUGGUUAGUGUUUUCCUGAGGAAGCUGGGCUAUAGGGAGGAAAUCCAGUCACUGCUCUCUUGUGACUAAAUACACAUUAAAUAAUUUAUAUUUUUCACCAAUACUGACAAGCAGAGCUUAUGCAGGAAUAAAACAUCUUAUCUGUUGGUCUCGGGAUACCGUUCUUGCCCUGCCCCACAUUGAAACAAGGAGCCCAACCCAAGUCGUGGCUUCUGAAUAAUCAAGAUUACUGAUUGUACUUGGCCUCAUUCUGAUUUUAUACAUCAACAUACUACUUUUAAAUAUGUUGUGAUUGGGUGAGAACUUUCCCUGGCAAAACUGUUACUUUUAUAAAUGUGUAGAAUAAAGACAAUACAUUAAAUAGUUGAUUUCCUUUUCUUGUAUUUUUCAAAUAUUCCUUAAGACAUAGUAAGGUGAACCACUAGCCACUUGAUUAUGCUAAUCAUGGAACUGACUAAAACUGUACUGAUUAAGUAACUGCAGUGUCUGGAUACUUUUCCUCUUAAAUCACCUGAAGUUUUCUUUUAAAAGGAGCUGGUUUCUGUAUAAUAACAUCUCCAUCUUGUAUAAACAAUGUUUUUGAUGCAGUACCUCCUCUCAGAGUUGUCUCUGACCUACAAGCAGGGAGAAAGAAUUCAUUUGACAGUAUUCUUGGAGUUUAUUUCCCAUUGCUGAACUGAGGCACAAAAAUCACAGGUAAGAGACUUUUGUUAUCAAUACAGGCUACCGACUGGAUCCAAGGCUUUUGCCACAAUAUAUUUGUACCAGCCACCAAGCUACAGUAAAUUCCUUUUUUUGAGAUUUAUACCAAAGGUCAUUUAAAUACCUUUAUAGCUUCUAUGGGCAGUUUGCUAGUCACUGGAGGUUAAUGACUAUUUCAUAUUCAGUUUCAUCUGCUAUGUGGUAUCAGGCCUCUAAAGUUAAUACCCAUGCUGUUUAUGUUUAACAACAUAAUUUGCCUUUCAUCCAAGAACUUCACCACAUUCCUCUGAGCCUGCAACAGUACUUUACAGGGGCCUGAGAGAACUCUAAAUUGGAGCCAUGAAGUUUCAGUACUGAGAAAAGGCAGGCCAAACCACAGCUUACAGGCCAUUUCUUUACAGCUGUCAGGAUGAAGCUCUAGGAAGGAUUUUACUACUCUAAAUAAAACUUGAAACAAUUUGAAACACCACAGUGCCUGUUCCCUUCUACAGAUGUUUUCUAUGGCCCGCAAGUUAUUCUGCAUUUUUAUUCUAUCAGUUAUCUCAAAAGUUUGGUGUGUCCUACUCGUUUUAAGUGAUGAAAAACACACCUAGGUUUUCAUUCACAACUUCUGAAAGUUGUAAAGCUUUAAACCAUUUGUAAAUGCCUAACCAAGAGUAUAUCUCAUCCUGUCUACAAAUGAAAAAAAGUAAAAAGAUCAUGCUAGUAAUACUAAGUUUACAGCUACACCUACGUCUAGGUGCAGCAAACAGCUAUAGGUAGGGUUUAGAGAUCAAAUGGGGAGUAAAUUCUCUGAAGUGUCUGCAUUUAAGUUAAUUAGGGUGCAGCCAGAAUGCUAAGAUUCCUCUCUCCCUGCGCACGCACGUGCGUGCGCAUGCACACCAGUAGCCAGGUUAGUAGAACACUACCAAAAAGCCUGGACAACAGCAAUUUAUACAACUUAGUCCAUCCAAGAAAUACAAGAUCACCACUUUUCAAAAAGGCUUGCAAAGUCUCUAAGGCUCAAGUGGGAACUCCUUUGUAGAAGGGGAAUCUAUUAUGAAACAAAAAUUAUUCUUUUGCACACACAGUUCUUACUGAACUUUAUUCAAAGCCUGUUCCUAGUUCAAUGAAACCUUGUGUUUAUAUGGGCCAGGCUGAAGUUAGUGUUGAAUUUCCUAACUCUAUUUGUAAUCAUUCAUGAAGUGACAUCUGCCUUAGGCCUGCCAAUCACUAACUUUCUAGAAAUGGAAACAGAAUUAUCAAUUAACUUAAUGCUGCCUACUGUCACCAUAGCCUCACUGAGCACUAAGUAGCUGUUAAAUAACAACAAAUGGAAAAGGUUACAAGGUGAACAGCAAUCACAAUUGCUGUUAUAUAUUGUUGCUUUGCUUAAUUUUAUGUAGAGGAAGACAGUUUCACAGGCAACCAUUACCUUUUUGGUUAAGUUAUUCUAAAUAAAUUUCUGUCACACUUCCGUGAUUCUGCAUGUGACCAUGAACAUCAUUCUAUUUCAGUAACAUCAACUGCUUGGAUAUAAGCAUAUCCAACAUUAGUGUACCUGAUUUUUCCAUUGUCAGGGUAACUGCCUCUUACCUGCUAAACAUUUGAAAUAUUUGCUCCACAAAACACAGCAAGCUACAUAUAAAAUACCCUCAUUCAUACUAAUGAACUGCUUAGUUGUUCCUGCUCUACCAUUUACUUUUGUACUUUUCUGCAAACCAAAUCCAUGUAAAGGAAAAAUGUUCUGUUUGUAGAACUCAUAGUAUUCACUUAUAGUGCUCUUAACCAGAACUGUCAAGUAAAGGAGACCCCCUAACUUGUUUCUGUUGGAACCUAAUGCAAAGGUAAUGAAACAUUUCACUAAUCAGUUUUCAAACAUAUUGUCAAGACUUAUACAGCAUGAGAUUUAAGUUUCCAAUUAUUUUAAUAUUACUACUUUUAAAUCUAUUAAGUGAUCAGAAUCUGCUUGAAUGUACAGUUUAUUCAAAGCACCCAUGACUAUGUUUGCAUUUAUCAGUAUUGUCCUACUGUUGAUAUUGAAAGUCUCACUUUAAAGUUGCUACUUAAUUAACACUAUUAUGCCUUGUAUUUUUUUUCUUCACUUGUAUGCUUUAAAUGGUUCCAAGUGCUUUUCGUUUCUGUAAAAUAGCGACUUUGUGUUGUUUGAUAUAAAAUUGUUCAAAAAGAACUCCGUGUAUUUAUACAGAGACAUUUAUA